AUGGAAAAGUUGCGCCGCUCUUUGGAGUCGUCAAUUAUGAAUAGAAUUUCGUCAGAUUUAAAUUGUAUUAAGCAAGAAAUUAUUAGUUUAAAAGACAGUAUCACAUUUAUAAACAGUAGAUAUGAUGACUUCAGCAAAACUAUUUCAACGCUUGAAAAAAAUGUUAAAUCUUUUGCUACAACGGCUACUGAGGUCUCAAAUCUAAAAGAUAGUAUUAAAAGCUUAGAAAAUGAUAAUAAUACAAAGGAGCAGUGGUCCAGACGUUCAAAUAUUGAAAUUUAUGGUAUACCUGAAAAAAAGGGCGAAAAUCUCUUUGAAAUCCUAAAAGUCAUAGGUGAAAAAUUUCAAUUCCCAUUAAACCUAAGCAGUGAUUUGGAUUUUAUCACACGUGUCGCUCCGAAAGAUAGAGAUAAUAAACAAAUUAAACCCAUCGUUGUGAGAUUUCAGGCUCGUUACAAAAAAGACGAUUUCCUAACCCAAGCGAGAAAAUUAAAACUAAAAGCCUGUGAUAUUGGCUAUUCUGGCAACAACUCUUUUAUUCACUUCAACGACCAUUUGACUAGAGCCAAUAAAGUCUUGCUAAAACGUACCAAGGAAUUGGCGAAGGAAAGAAACUACAAGUUCGUAUGGGUUAAGAACUGUUCGAUCAUGGUUCGUCAGGCGGAUAACACACCGUUGAUUCACAUCUCAGAUUAUAAAGAUUUAAACAAGAUAAAAUAAGUAUUAUAUUUCUAGCUCAAUUUACUUUUUUAAUCUUUAAUUUAAUUAAUACGUUUUUAAUUAAUGGCAUAGUCAUGGGAGCUGAUCGAGGGAUGUCGAGAAGUUACUUGUUCAAAUGUAAUUUAGCAAAUCUGAACACACUUUUAUUAAUUGGGGGUCUACUCAUAUUUACUCAAGGUCUCUUGUUUCUAUUUUUUGUGUUAACAAUGUUUGUUUAUUUUAUGUGCUUCUUUCAGUAUAUCUAUCUAUGCGGUGAUUUAAUACACUUAUUUAACAAUGGCAUCCCCUGAACUUUCAUUUUACUAUCAAAAUGUGCGUGGGCUAAGGACCAAAACAAAUAUCUUUCUCCAAAAUCUUUUAUGCUCUGAUUACGAUGUAAUUUGCUUAUGCGAAACUUGGCUCUUACCAGGCAUAUUUGAUGCUGAAUUGUUUGAUCACCGUUAUAAUGUUUACCGAUGUGAUAGAAACUAUAACCUGAGAGGAGAUACGUUAGGUGGCGGUGUUUUAAUUGCUUUAAAACGUGAAUUAUUAAUUCGAUCCUCAAAUUGUAUCGAUGUUACAGGUGCAGCUGCUGAUAUAAUAGAGGUAUCGUUUACGCUAGGAAUUUCUUCCCACCCUAAAGUAUACCGAAUUUAUUGCUGUUAUUUUCCACAUUGCCGUUUGCAGUUUGAUGUUAUGACUGAGUUUUUAGAAACUAUUUCUACUUCUUACACAAAUAACCCAACCGAUGAAUAUUUAAUCCUCGGGGAUUUUAACAUUUCAUCCGCUC